GUUUUCUAAAUGUUUGUUUAAUUCAUUCAGGUGAAUAGCUUAGCUUUGUUAAGUGUUGUUUGUUGUUGGUACCAUGGCUAGUGCAGUAACAGUGGAUUUCAUAGCUAGGAAAAUAGCUGAAAAUGAAAACAUAUCAAACUAUGAAGUUAUUCUGCAAGACCCAAACAAAAAGGGCGAGGGGUACAUGGGGGAGUUAAAGUUUUUUUCUUUGGUGGACAGUGGGACGAAAAAAGUGAUUCUGGAUUUAGCCUGGAAGGAGUCUCUUAAGAACCCCUUGGUACGCGAAGUGCACCCCAUAAGAGACUUAUAUUUAAACGAGAUAUUUUUUUACAAAACACUGGGGCCGGAGUUGUUAAAAGUUCAAAAGAAAAAUAAAAUAGAAAAACCAAUAGUAAAUAUACCAAAAUACUAUUUAUCCUGCGAUGGGGAUAUGAAGGAGUACUUGGUGUUAGGUAACAUGAAAUCAGAAGGAUACAGUAUGUUUGAUAAAAAUAAUAUUAUGACCCCCGAUCAGUAUAAAUUUGUAUUCAGGCAGUAUGGCAAGUUACACGGUCUUUCUUUUGCGUUUAAAAAGCAAAACCCUGAUUUAUUUAAAAAGUUAACGGAACAAAUUUUGCCAGGGUUUGAUUCGGAAUACAGAGGGUUUGGUGAAAGCAUACAUUUUGCAUGCAAGUCGAUUUACGAUUUUUUUUCGGAGGCGGACGGUGGUGUGUUGAAAGCAUUUGAAAAAUAUAGAGAUAGUGGUGAAGCAAUUUUCAAAAAAAGUCUAAAAUAUAAGGGAAACAAUGGGAUUGUGACACAUGGAGAUUCAUGGAGUAAUAAUUUUUUGUUUACUUAUGAUGAAAAUGGUAAUUUCAGCAAAAUGGCAUUCAUAGAUUUUCAGUGCAUCAGGGUAGCUUCUCCGGUACAUGAUUUGGCAUAUUGUUUUUACACUGGAGCCUCCAAAGAAGUACUAGAUAAACUGGAUGAAAUAUUAAAAGUAUACCAUGAAAGUUUGUCGGAGGUUUUGGGUCAAUGCGGGGAAAAUGUCGAAAAGGUUUACCCAUUUUCAGUAUUAAAGGAAGAGUGGAAAUUAUAUUCAAAAAUGGUGUUGUUUGUUGUUGGUAGCAUGGCUAGUGCAGUAACAGUGGAUUUCAUAGCUAGGAAAAUAGCUGAAAAGGAAAACAUAUCAAACUAUGAAGUUAUUCUGCAAGACCCAAACAAAAAGGGCGAGGGGUACAUGGGGGAGUUAAAGUUUUUUUCUUUGGUGGACAGUGGGACGAAAAAAGUGAUUCUGGAUUUAGCCUGGAAGGAGUCUCUUAAGAACCCCUUGGUACGCGAAGUGUACCCCAUAAGAGACUUAUAUUUAAACGAGAUAUUCUUUUACAAAACUCUUGGGCCGGAGUUGUUAAAUGUUCAAAAGAAAAAUAAAAUAGAAAAACCAAUAGUGAAUAUACCAAAAUACUACUUAUCCUGCGAUGAGGAUAUGAAGGAGUAUUUGGUGUUAGGAAACAUGAAAUCAGAAGGAUACAGUAUGUUUGAUAAAAUUAAUAUCAUGACCCCCAAUCAGUAUAAAUUUGUAUUCAGGCAGUAUGGCAAGUUACACGGUCUUUCUUUUGCCUUUAAAAAGCAAAACCCCGAUUUAUUUAAAAAGUUAACGGAACAAAUUAUGCUAGGGUUUGAUUCGGAAUACAAAGGGUUUGGUGAAAGCAUACAUUUAACAUGCAAGUCGAUUUACGAUUUUUUUUCGGAGGCGGAUGGUGGUGUGUUGAAAGCAUUUGAAAAAUAUAGAGAUAGUGGUGAAGAAAUUUUCAAAAAAAGUCUAAAAUAUAAUGGAAACAAUGGGAUUUUAACACAUGGAGAUUCAUGGAGUAAUAAUUUUUUGUUUACCUAUGAUGAAAAUAGCAAUUUCAGCAAAAUGGCAUUCAUAGAUUUUCAGUGCAUCAGGGUAGCUUCUCCAGUACAUGAUUUGGCAUAUUGUUUUUACACUGGAGCCUCCAAAGAAGUACUGGAUAAACUGGAGGAAAUAUUAAAAGUAUACCAUGAAAGUUUGUCGGAGGUUUUGAGUCAAUGCGGGGAAAAUGUCGAAGAGGUUUACCCAUUUUCAGUAUUAAAGGAAGAGUGGAAAUUAUAUUCAAAAAUGGGCAUGAUCUUCUCAUUUAUAGUUUGGAAAGCAAAAACAAAUACACCAGAAGAAAUGAUUGAUGUAAACGACUUGCUAAAUGAUAAAAAAUAUUUAGAUGUACCUAACAAAACAACAUACAAAAAUAGCAUCAGAAAUAUAGUAAUACAUAUGCAUCAAAUAGGAGCACUAUAAUAAAAUAAUAAUUAUUUAUAAUUAUCUGUUUAAUAAAAGCAAGAUAUUUUAAUAACC